GUUACCGUGCAGCACGGCUCGGCUCAGUUCAGCUCGGCGCGCCUCGGAUCGGCGCCGUGCCGACAGCGGACACCGGCCAUGGUGGAGCGCGCAGACGAAGCGCCACUGCUCUUCUGGGCCGAGGGCCCUGCCGUGUCGGCGCCGCCGACCGCGGCUGAAGCGGGCAGCUGCGGCGGGCGGCGGCUUGGAGGCGGCUGGAGCGCAGCUUCGUGGGGUGGCGCGGAACCGGCGGAAGCAGCGGGGCCGCCGCGAGCAGAGGUGGAGGAGGACCAGAUCGUGGCCGUCUUCGUGGUCACCUUCGACCCCCGCACGGGCAACAUGGUGGAGUGGUGUUUACCCCAAGAUAUUGACCUGGAAGGCGUAGAAUUCAAAUCCAUGGCAAGUGGAUCCCACAAAAUCCAGUCAGAUUUCAUUUACUUCCGGAAGGGGCUCUGUUUUGGCCUGGCCUGCUUUGCCAACAUGCCCGUGGAGAGUGAGUUAGAGCGUGGUGCUCGCAUGAAGUCUGUGGGGAUCCUCUCCCCUUCCUACACCCUGCUGUAUAGGUACAUGCACUUCCUGGAGAACCAGGUCAGACAUCAGCUGGAGAUGCCAGGGCACUACUCCCAUCUAGAGGCUUUCUAUGAUGACAAGAAAGGAGUUCUCCCUGACAGCAAGGGCACGCCUACCUCUCAGCAACCUGUCCACUGGCUGCCGUCCAUCCACAGAUACAUGUACCCAGAAAUGAAGAUCACACACCCUGCUGGCUGUAUGUCUCAGUUCAUCAAAUUUUUCGGUGAGCAGAUCCUUGUCCUCUGGAAGUUUGCCCUGCUGCGCAAGCGCAUAUUGAUAUUUUCACCACCCCCAGUUGGAGUUGUCUGCUACAGAGUGUAUUGCUGCUGUUGCCUUGCCAAUGUUUCUCUGCCUGGUCUUGGAGGAACUGUCCCAGAGUCCAAACCAUUCUUCUAUGUGAAUGUGGCAGACAUAGAAAUGCUGGAAACUGAAGUAUCUUAUGUGGCCUGUACAACAGAAAAGAUCUUUGAGGAGAAACAAGAUCUCUAUGAUGUCUAUGUGGACAACCAGAAUGUGAAGACACAUCAUGAGCAUCUGCAGCCACUCCUGAAAAUUAACAAUGCUGACAAGGAAAAGUACCGGCGGCUCAAUGACCAGAGGCAGAUGUUAAUGUACUCUCAAGAAGUGGGUGAGGACUGUAGCUCCUGUGAAGAGGACCUUUUCAUCUUGUUUUUCAUGGAGCAGAACAACCGCAUCUUUCAGACACUGAUGGAGGUGUCAGCUAGCCAGGACAAGACUCUGACAGCUGACCACGCACGAGGCAUGGGCCUGGAUCCCCAAGGGGAUAGAAGUUUCCUUAUGGACCUGCUGGAAGUGUAUGGCAUUGAUGUUAUGCUAGUCAUUGACAACCCCUGCUGCACUUAAACCAAGGACAAGAGAGAUGAGGAGCAAAGAUCACUUUUUAAAGACUACCAGACACUGCUGAGGAGGAUCACUGGAACUCACUGCAGCCACUGGAUGGAUCUUGUUUUGUUUAAUAGCUUUAUAGGGAGAGUAUUUAUAAUUUUAAAACCAAAUAUGGUUUUAUUUUCUUCCCCUUAGCUUCCCAAUGAGUACUUGAUCUAGGUUGGGGUUUUUGUGGGUUUUUUUGUCUUUCUCAUUAAUUUGUGGAUUUGUUGGGUUUUUUUUGUUGUUUAGAUAGGGACCAGUGGCACUUUUGCACCAAUCCUUACUGUUGCCAGUGAUAGCUAGGUUUUGGCCUAGCCUGGAAAUCUGAAGGCUGAAGACUUCAGGAAAGCACUUUGUCUGAUAGAGACCAAUGUGAAAUGGUGUAGCUGAGCUCUCAAGACUUGGCUGGAAAACCCUCCUGUCAUCCCCCUCUUCCACCUGAGGACUGCAGAGAGCUUCAGCACAGGCUGUUAGUGACGCAGUCUCAUAAAAUGUCUGUCCUACCAUGUUUCUUGGUGGAGACAGUUAAAGCAGUGAUAAAAGAACAGAACUUUAAAAACCCUUCACUCAGCUGAGCUGGAAUAAAGCCACCCUUCCUCAGCAAUGGCAGAGAAGUUUGGGAUAAGGUGGCACUACAGGAUCAUAUGACUUUGCUUACAUGAGCUGCAUGGUUUCACUUUCAACAUCUGAGGUGGUAUAAACUGGCAAAGACUGUACCUACCUAUCUUAUAGCUGGGGAAGAGCACCAUCUCGACUUAAUGCCUCCUAUCACUUCUUUGGUUUUCAGCUGCAUCACACCUGCUGCUUUGGUUUAAAAUCUUCAAACUAGCAAGAAAUGGUUUAACAGGGACCAGCAUCACUGAGCCACCUUGCUGUCACAAUGUUCUCCAGCCUCGGCUCAGAUGGUGCAGGGCCAAAUUGACUUGAAUACCUACGUGUGUGCUCUAACUAAUGUCACUCACCGUUUGUAGCAGAUGGUACUUGUCAGUCCUUUGCGUUAACAUUGUCUGCUGAUCCUCCUUUUGUCGAGCUGCCUUCAGCACUUCCUGCCACUAUCCUUGGCUGUCAGCGUGAGACACAGAGCAGUAUGUGACCUUUCAGCUGCAGAGCUUCACAGUUUGCAGGAGGUUCCCUUGGAGUCUGGUGUUAGCUGGCACAGCUGCUAGAAGCAAUGUCUAACAGCAAACCUGGUUUUUUUUUCUUUUCUCCUGGGUAGAGAAGCUGUAGAUGGGAACAGUGUUUUCUUACUCUUAUACUGUGGGAAGAAUAGGAUUCAAUUCAUGCAGACCCAGUGUUUCUCUCCAAGAAGGUUACCCCAGUAAAGAGUAAUCCCUUCACCAUGUGAAAUCCAAGAAUGGUACUGUAGGUUCUAGGUGUGACAUGCCCAAAGUCCUUCAGCCAGUAUUAGCAUCAGCUUUAAGUUAACUGUUCUUCCUAACCUGUGGCAAUAGCUCAAAUAGCUGCUGCUUUCACCACAGUAGACUUCAGCACCCAUGCAGCCUCUGGCAUUUGUAGAAAGAAAACUGUAUGUAAUGUGUCCAUUUGCAUUAGCUUUUUAUAGGAUGAGACAGAACCUGAGCCACCAAUGUCUCACCUGACAACUCCUCUUUAAAAACAGGUAAAGCAAAGUUCUCCAAGUAGACCAUCUGUCUCUCUGGAAGGAAGUAAGCUAGCAUAUCCUGGAUUUCCCUGACAGCUAUCUGCAGCAGAGGUUUUGCUUCCUGUGGAUUCAGAUGUUUCAGUGAAGUGUGAGAUCAGGGGCCUCACAAGACUUAUUGCACAGUUCAUUGGUAUGAGCGUCAACAUUUUAUAUUCCUGUGAUAUCUCUCUCUAUGAGCAAUCACUCCUCCUGCCUGCUUUUUCAGAGCUUUGGAUGUUUUUGUUCAGGAGAAAACAUGCUGCUUGUAUUGUCAUUUGCUCACAACUGCAAUGUAAUUAUCCUUAGAAGGCUGAGAAAAAAAAUGGGAGAAAGUUAAAAACAGAGCCGAAUGUCAUGUAAUGGAAAGAGCAGGUUCUUCCCCUUAACACUGGUUUUAAAUUGACAGCUCCCAGUGUAAAAGUGACCUACAAUCUCCAUAUUGUUUUCUGACUCCCACUUCAGUUUUAACGUGCUGCCUGCAGUGAAGACUCCUGAGGAAGCAUAGCUAGCACCAUAUUGCUGUGACUGACCUCAGAUGUAUUAAAAAAAAUAAGGAACUGAAACUACUUUCUAGCAGUUCUUCCUCUUUCUUGAAGGUCUGCUACAUAGUUCAGCUGUGGUCAGAUGUUAAUGACUUUCUCUUCUCUUUGAAUUCAGUAUUUGUUUUGCUGAACUAAAUAGAAACAAACCUUUGUCAUUGAAACUUUAUAGCCUCUGCAGUCAGAAGCUUUCUAACACCCUACAUUAGAGUACUAUGUUCACAAGCUGUCAAAACAUCAGGUCUGCUAGAGCCCACUAAGCAGAACCUCCUGAAAUUACUAUUUUACAUUUAUCAAACUUAUGCUUUCCAGAAACCAGGGCUUCAGCUGCUAGCAGUGAUGUUGGUGCAGAAGCAUCAAAACAAGCAGGUGACUGUAAAAGCAUCAUCCAUGCUAUAUCCUGGCUAGAUGCCUAUCACCUAUGUUGCUGCUCUUGGUAUUUUGCUUCUCUACAGCCUCUCCUGGCAGGUGACUGCUACAGAAGUCAAGUAGCUGCCAGACAGAAAACAGAACAGAAAGACUUCUCUCUCCUAACCCUUCCUGGUUUGAUUAAUUGCAAAAGAACUUUCUGCACUCCUUUUUUAAUAGACAUUGCUUUUACUGUUGCAUGUGGAAAAUCCUUGUUAAAUGGGUACAUAGUUCAAACAAAUGGCUACAGCCUGGGAUGUGAAGGCUCAUACAGCAAGCUGGUUUUGUUUAGAACCAAUUUAACUAAAACUUAUAUUUCCAGGGGGUAAUAUAAUUCAAGGUAAAGCAGUUAAGUGCAGACAUGUAAAAUCCCUUCCUUGGAACUUAAUGGCUGCUUUUUGAAUACUAGCAGCUGGAAAAGAGACACCUGCUUGGGUGUAUUUUGAAUUAAAAGAGGGAGUGAGUGUGGCAUAUGGUAGGAUAUUGCUGAUUACUACAAAAUCCUCUUCUUCAUUUGAAGUACUUUGCCUUUACAGUGGUGCCUUUAUUUCUUUGGGUGUGAUGCCUCUGGUCUGUUGCUUGUGAUCAGAGCCCAAGUUGAAUGGCAAUUACAGUAACCAUUUAUAUACUGUACCCUGGCAGACAGAGUCUGGUAUGUUCCCCUCUAACACUGAAGUCACAGGGUCUUGGUACCUGCUUGAGUUUAAACAGGAGAGCAAGAACUUCAGAACUGUAUCUUAACUCAAACUGCAGUAGAAGUGUAUAAUCAAGUUAUUACUACUUGUACUAUAUGGAUUAGAAGGUAAAGGUUAGGAGAAAAAUAAAAGCUGAGUAUUCAGUCUGAACAAGAGAUACUAUGCCAGAUAUUUGAUUCAUGCAAAAAUCUUCUCACUGCAAGCUUAGGCCAAGCUCCCUAGAGCCAAGUACAAUUAAGAACUAUAACAGAUACUAGGAGAACUGUUACUGAGUUAAGACUUCAGACUUGUCUAAUACCUUCUUUUCUAGCACAUAUGAAGUACCUACUCCAGCAUAUGUUAGAGCUAAUGGACUUGUCUGUCACAAGAGAUGAGCUUGCCUAUCCAUUAUCCUUAAGGGCAGAAGAAAGUUCUAGCAGGCUUUCAGAAAAAGAAAAGAAAGGAGCUUAGUCUGUAGAGCUUACUCUGUAAAGCAGUGUUACUGUGGUACUUCUUCCUUUUUAAGGACCACCAAAGUUAACUGGCAAAAAGCUAGAAGUAGCUGUAGCCCUUUUAGUGGCAGACUAUGCAAGGGACAGGCACGCUUUGCUCUGGGAGGGUGAAAGGCAGUAGUCUCAGGAAUAGCAGGGCAAAAGCACUCUAUCCUAAUUCCAAAGUCUAGAUACAAAGCAGGCUAACCCUAAUUCUCCCAUCACAACUCUUCUAAAUUAGUUCUCUCUCUAGCUUCUCCUCCCCCUUCCCCUGCCCAAGGCUAGUGGUCUAGUGAUUAUGGGAAAAGACAACAUAAAUGUCUUGUGUGAGUGACUAGAAUGUACUGAGUCAUGUCUCUAUCUAAACCAGAGUGAAACAGGAUUUCAGGUCUUGGUUAAUUCAACAUGUCAUUCACAUGGGAAUGUUAAUUGUGGUGAAAAUAAACAGGUGCCUUGGGCUGGUCCAGCAUUAGGUCGUUAUCUUUCCCUUUUAUUUUUCUUACAGUAUUUUAAGCCAUUCUAGAAUGCACUGUAAGUUGAAGCUGGGAUAAGUGUUUUCAUGAGCAAGACCUCGGAUUCUACUCCUCCUUCCUGCCUUGGAGCUUUUAUAAAGUUGUUUCUCUGGCUGUCAGACAGAAACAUGAGAAGUGAGUUCUUUCCUCAACACUGUAGGUUCAGCUCUUGCUUAUUUUAUGUAAUAUUUUCCUCACACAUCUCCUCUGCAUGUUGCAAUGCAGAGGUCUGCAACCCACACUGGAAGGCCUCUGGACUGUAGAGGAAGGGGAAGAAUACUUGAAUGGUAUACAAGCUAUUCAACUUAUGGUGAUACGAUGAUUUAACUAUCAGCCUGUGCCUCUGAUGAUUCUUGGUAUUUUAACACCAGAACAUCAUUAACAAGAUCAAUUGGUUACCCUCAAGCAAGGAACUGCAGUGCAAAGGGAGCUGUGAGUCUGAUACUAUGGAAGAGAAUUAGUCCUUUUUCCUGUACAGAUGAACCAGCAGCUAGGUCUUAGCAUCUCACCCCUUGCAGCAGGCUGGUUGUAGUUCUAACAUUAUGUUUGCAUCUUGCAGAUCUGUGGCUGCUCCCAUAGGCCUGUGCAGUAAACCUGCUUACUAAAACAUGGGUACUUUAAAUACAAUUAAAGCUUACCUUUUUGAAAUGGCUGCUGCCUUGUCUUUCCUGCCACUUGAGAAAAAAAAAACAAAAUUGCUGAUUUUACUACAGAAGAAUCAUCUUGAGGAAGAACUCAGUUGGUGAAAGUGCUCUCAACUCUGAAUCAGCCAGUGGCUGCAAAGCAAUAUUCCAGGUAUCUCGCUGACAAGCAAAAAACAGAGCACAGUCAACAUGUCAGCGCUCUUGAGGAGUGACCCAGAUGUCCUCAGAGCACUCUUAAUUGCUGCAGGUAAAGGACAGCACAGAACCAGCCCUAUCACCAGCAUAACUAUUACAAAGAACCAGCAGGUCUCUAUUCCUGUAGAUCUUAGUCAAAAGAGGGACGAGUGCUGGUCUCAGUAGCACAGGUUUCUCCACAGUAUACUCGAGAGAAGACCAGCAUUCAGACUGGUUCCAGCAUCAUGCAGAAAACAAACCCUACUUCCCCUCCUAGAGCAUUGUUCCUUUACGAGCUGCCAGCAGAGGAUGCUGUUGCAGCAGCUUCCAGCCAGGAUGAUCUUUAGCAAAGCUGUUGGAAGUCAGUUCACUGAGGUCUGUAUUUUGGUUACGGCAAAGAAUCAACAGCUGAACUUAGACUAGAUCACAGUAUAACUACAUACAAACAACUGUCACAUCAGAAAAACUGAAUUGGGUUUUUUUUCUUCCAGCUGGCAAGGCAGAAUCGUGUGAACUUCUAAGUUAUAAUAAGGGCAACAGGGCAUCAUAACCUUUCCUAAGUCAAUACUAUCCCUUUCAGCAAGGAAAUCAAAGGUAUAAACAGAAGCUCAGAAAAGCAACAAAACCAAUUACAGUACUGAGGCUCAAGGAGAUACAGGUUGCAUAAGGAGUGAUAAGCACUGUUUACAUGAUAGAAGAGCAACCAGCCACAAUGAAUAAUAAAAGUUAUCUGGAUGCCCUGUUUUUGUAUUAUACUUCUACAGGAAUAAAAGGAAUACUUACAAAAAAGACUAAUUUUGCUUAUUGAAGAGUUUUUACACAUGUACUCCAUGCAGCUUUGAGUCAAUGAUGCCAUUUUCCCAUUUGCUUCUGUGUAACACACCUAAACUUGACCAAACUAACAUAUUUCUACAAUAUUCUUAACUGGAACUCUGUGGAAGAUAAAAAAACAAAACAAAUAAAACAAAACCAGCUACAUGGGAAUUUUUAA